AGGCGCCGAGGGCAGUGGGUUAGCGCCCGGCGGGGCAGGGGGCGGGCCCCACCGCCCCGCGCCGGCCGGCCAGCCAGUCAGCGGGCGCGGUGGGCGGGCCGACGGGCGCGCGCCGCGCCCCGCAGCGCCCCCUGAGGGGCGGCGGCGGGAGCUGGUUCCGGCUGCGCGCGCAGCGGUGGUGGCGGAGGCGCGAUCGUGGGGCUGUAACCGUCGUCCGUCCGGUAGCGGCUGGAGUGGCAGCGGCGGCCGGGCACCGCACUAGGCGACGCCACAGGGCAGCGGCGGCAGCGGGGGCAGCGGGGGCAGCAGGAGACGCCGCGGCGGCCGCAGCAGCAGCAGCAAGACGGACUCGUGGACACGCGCCGCCGCCGCCGGGCCGGGCCGGGUGUCGCGCGCCGAGGCUGGGGGGGAGUCGUCGCCGCCGCCGCCACCGCUACCGCCGCCGCCGCCGCCGCCGAGGUGACUGAGGAGAGAGGCGCCUCCUCGCUCCCGCCUCCGCCGGACGUCAAUGCCCAGGCCCCAGCUCGCCAGCGUUUUUCGUUGGAAUAUACGUUGCACAUUUAUGGCGAUUCUGAGUGUGAGGGCAGACUUCUGCCAGGCUCAGCACAGCGUUUUUGCUGACAAGUGAGCUUGGGGGGUUCUAUGUGCCAUAAUUAAUAUUGCCUUGAAGACUCUGGACACCGAGACUGGCCUCAGAAAUAGUUGGCUUUUUUUUUUUUUUAUUGCAAGCAUAUUUCUUUUAAUGACUCCAGUAAAAUUAAGCAUCAAGUAAACAAAAGUGGAAAGUAAUCUACACUUUUAACUUGUCUCACUAGUGCCUAAAUGUAGUAAAGGCUGCUUAAGUUUUGAAUGUAGUUGGAUGUUUUUGGAGUCCGAAGGUAUCCAUCUGCAGACAUUGAGGCCCAAGUUGAAUUUGGAUUCAAGUGGAUUCUGAAUACUUCUGCUUAUCUUGAAGAGAGAAGCUACUUAAAGAAUAAACACAUUGAAUAGAGAAAACACUGAUAAUAGGCAUUUUAGUGGUCUUUUUAAUGUUUUCUGCUGUGAAACAUUUCAAGAUAUAUUGAUUUUUUUUUUGUUUUCAUUUUCCCCAUCACACUCACUCACACACGCACGCUCACACUUUUUAUUUGCCAUAAUGAACCGUCCAGCCCCUGUGGAGAUCUCCUAUGAGAACAUGCGUUUUCUGAUUACUCACAACCCUACCAAUGCUACCCUCAACAAGUUCACAGAGGAACUUAAGAAGUAUGGAGUGACAACUUUGGUUCGAGUUUGUGAUGCUACAUACGAUAAAGCUCCAGUUGAAAAAGAAGGAAUCCAUGUUCUAGAUUGGCCAUUUGAUGAUGGUGCACCACCCCCUAAUCAGAUAGUGGAUGAUUGGCUAAACCUAUUAAAAACCAAAUUUCGUGAAGAACCAGGUUGCUGUGUUGCAGUGCAUUGUGUUGCGGGAUUGGGAAGGGCACCUGUGCUGGUUGCACUUGCUUUGAUUGAAUGUGGAAUGAAGUAUGAAGAUGCAGUUCAGUUUAUAAGACAAGGAGAAAGAAAAAAAGAAAGAAAAAGACUAUUAAUGACGGCAUGAAGUGAAUGGUAGCAGCUCUAGGAAGAAAAAGAAGGGGAGCAUUCAAUUCCAAACAGCUGCUUUACCUGGAGAAAUACCGACCUAAGAUGCGAUUACGCUUCAGAGAUACCAAUGGGCAUUGCUGUGUUCAGUAGAAAGAAAUAUAAACGAAGGCUGACUUGAUUGUGGCAUUUAGAGGGAACUCUUGGUACCUGGAAAUGUGAAUCUGGAAUCUUGACUGUGUCAUCAAAGUGGUGAUGGAUUCAGUACUCCUCAACCACUCUCCUAAUGAUUGGAAAACAAAAAACAAAAGAAAUCCCUCUAUAACAUGAAUAAAAUGUUUAAGAAAAGAAAAAGAGAAAGAAAAAAGGGAUUACUUCAGUGGAGAAUGGUUUUGCUCUUAGUGUUGCAGUUUGAAUUUCUGCCAGGAUUGAAUUAUUUCAAAAUCUCCUGUCUUUUUAAACUUUUUCAAAAUAAGUCUCUAAGGAAAACCAGCAGAACAUUAGCCUGUGCAUAACCUUCUCUUUGGGGAGCACACUCUUCCAUUAUGCUUGGCACAUAGGUCUAUCUCCCUGUUGUGGAAUUUCUUUUUUUGUUAUUUGGGGUUAAGGGGUGGGGGCUACAAUUUUCCUCUCUUCUUUCCUUUUCCCCACCCCUCUUUCCCCCCUGAUACUAGUUGUAGAUGGAAUAAGAGAAGCCCUUGUUGCUGUAGAUGUGCGUUGCAGUCUGGCAGCCUUAAGCCCACCUGGGCACUUUUAGAAAAAAACAAAAAACAUAAAAAAAAAAAAAAAAAAAAAAAAGCAGUGGCAUAUAUAUAUUAUACGAUCCAGGUGGUUUUUAGUUUUUACUGAUGAUGGAGUGUUCAUGUUAGUUUCUUUCCUUGAAAACUCUAUACAACAUUAGGCAAAGUAGCCAAGAGCCUUUUUUUGUUUGGGUUUUUGUUUUGGUAAGUUAGUGGGGGACAUGGCAUUUUAAGAGGAGUCUCUUUUUUCAAAGAACUUAGCUGAGAGUCGAAUUCUUCUCUUUCCCAACUAAUGAAGCUAAGUGGGUAUUCCAGAAACAUUUGAUUUCUGAAGGGGAGUACUCCAGUUCAUCGCUAAAGAUGUGUCCAGAGAGCACACUUUCUACACCUUGUAGAACUGUGGGUUGUAUGUAGCAUUACUCUGCUUUUCUGUCUAAUGAUGUCAGAGAAUGCUGGUAGUUAAAAUUUUUUAUUUUAGGACUUACUUGUACUCUGAAUUUUCAGGAACAGGUAAUGGAAUAGCAGCAAAGACACAAUAUUUUGGACUUGAGAAAAUGCCUGUUACGGGUAUUUUCCAAACUGCCCCCUGUAUGUACAGCUCAGUUUAACCACUGAUUGCCUUGUUAUUUUCUUACUAGGUUCUUUAUGAGAUAAAACCAACAAUGCCUAGUGAGGAUGUGUCCACAGGCCUAACAGGGUAGGGGAGAUGUAAAGCAGCCCAACCAGUAGCGAAAGGACUGUGUUGCUAGUGAAAUUGCUGUUGUCAUUUUUGCUGAUUCUUUGUGGGGUUCAAUGUGCUGAUCUAGAAAACCAUUGUUCUGCUCUUUUGUGGAAAGCAGUUGUGACCAGGCUGUAUUGACAAAGCAAGUUGAAGGACACCAUCAGAGCCUCUUGCACUGUUCAUUUAAAUAUUAUACACUUCUUAGUGCUCUGCUUCUAAGAAUUUGAAUAAAGGUUUAGGGUCAUCUUGUCCUGUUGGAAUUUGCUAUGCAGAACCAUAAACUUCCCAUUUUGUUAGGAUCAGCUAGGCCAGUAGGAAUGGACCGGGGAUGUUGUCACUGGUGAUACCUCAGAUGUUGGCUGGCUCUGUGAACUACCUAGCUCCUAUGCCGGAGUUGUUUGAGCUCUUUAACUAAAUGAAAAUCUGUGGAUGCUCUCUUCCGCCACCCCAGAAAACAAAACUAAAUAAUGCUUUUUGGAAUUGUUUCUAGGACUUCUAAGUGGAAAAUGAUGGUACUAUCCAAAAUUCUUUAUUUCAGAACAUGACAAUAGAUUCCUUUAAUAUAGGCUCAAGAUCAAAACAGAAUAUUCUCUAAGUUCAGAUAGACUGUUGACUCCAAGGGUUUUGAUCAAUAUCAUACCAAACCUUUUUCCUUUGACAUGCUCUGAUUUUUGUUGUUUUGGGGGAGGGGGAGACAGGGAGAGGCAGAAAAAUAGGUGUGUGUGUGUGUGUGUGUGUGUGUACGUGUACGUAUGUGUGUGUGUGUGUGCGCGUGCACACACACGUGAACGCGUGCAGUGUCCACCAGUAUCAGUGCCUGCCUGAGUUAGGAAAAUUACAUUCCUGGUUCUGUAUGAGGAGAAGAGUGUGUAAAGCAACAUGAAACAUUAGCCCUCAUUUUGUUUUAAAUUGCAGACUAAUGUUAAUUGUUCUCAGAACUGGAUUUUCUUCCUCAAAAUUAAGGUUUUUUUUUAAUCUUUUGGACUUAAUGAAGUAUUGCUAGCUGAAGCCAGUUUGACAUGGUGAGAGAGAUGUCAGACUGAUGAAAGGUGUGCAGCCUGAUUUAAAACCAAACCCUGAACCCUUUUAAAGAACAAUAAACAUAUUUUACAUGCUC